UUUUGGAAUAUUUGGAAAAAUGAGAAUUUCUGUGUGUAGAAGGAAGAAUCCUUAUUAUGGAGAUGAGACUGAUGAUGCUUCUGUUGAAGAAGAGAGCAAAUUUUUUGGCAGAUCUUCUAAAAAUCCACUAAAACCUUCAAUAGAAGUGCUAGAAGGAAAGUUGAGUCAGACAAAGCUAGUAACAUUAGCGAAAGAUGUCAACUCAAGCGAUGCAUUAGCUAGAUUAAUGAGAGAUAGGUACAAACAGGAUGAAAUUCUUAGCAAAAUUGAGAAAAUGUAUAGCUGUGAUAUGUGUCUUAAAAAAUUCAAAGUCUACGAUGCCUUCAAUGAUGACCCCUCUAAAUGUUUUAUUGAAGAUGACAUCGAACUUGUGGAUGAAAAUACAUUUAAUGAACAUUACUUAUGCGAUGAAGAUUAUAGAGUGGUGUGUCCGAACUGCAAAAGUCUCUAAUUUCCAUUAAAUCUUCCAGAUGAUCUAAAAUAAGUCUGCUAAUCUAAACAAUAAGAACCCAAAAUCCGCGAAAACCUGUAAUUUUCAAGCAUUCU